UCCUUCUGGAUGGAGAACAACGUGCAGGUUGUUAUCCGUGUCCGCCCUUUGAAUAACACUGAGAAAAACCUUUGUGGUUAUAAUCGCUGCUUGAGACAAGAAAGUGCUCAGAGCAUCACAUGGACUGGACACCCAGAAUUAAAUUUUAAGUUCGACCAUGUUGCUUGUGAAUCAGUGAAUCAGGAAGUGCUUUUCCGAGUUGCUGGUUUACCAAUGGUCGAGAACUGUAUGGCUGGAUACAACAGCUGCGUAUUUUCUUAUGGGCAGACUGGAAGUGGAAAGACACACACAAUGCUUGGUGAAAUCAGUGAGUUGGGAGUGAAUCCUGGUCCAGAGUGUGGCAUGAUACCACGCAUUUUUGAGUUAUUAAUUGCAAGAAUCAGAGAGGAAGAAGAAAGCGGGAGGGAUGAGAAGCUCAAGUACAACUGCAAGUGUUCUUUCCUGGAGAUUUACAACGAACAAAUUACAGAUCUUGUUGACCCUUCAUCCACAAAUCUUCUGCUCCGAGAAGAUACGAACGUUGGAGCCUAUGUUGAAAAUUUGACCGAACGUGAAGUUACCAGUGUCGGUGACAUCAUGACACUUUUGACGCAGAGUUCUGUUAAUAGGAAAGUGUCUGCGACAAACAUGAAUUCAGCGAGUAGCCGCUCGCACACUGUAUUCACAUGCACUAUCGAGAGUAGGUGGGAGAAGGAUUCCAUUUGUAACUCAAGGUUUGCAAGACUGAAUCUAGUUGAUCUUGCUGGGUCCGAAAGGUAGGUCAAUAAACUGACUUGUCUCGCAACUUAUUGUACCUAGUGGAGCCCCGAUUCUUUGAUAGAUGCACUUAAAACAGGCAAACGGCAUCUGGUGCUGAAGGUGAGCGGCUUAAGGAAGCUUCCAAUAUUAACAAAUCAUUGUUAACACUCAGCCUUGUGAUAACUAAUUUAGUUGAUCGCGCAUCUGGGAAGAAAUGGCACAUUCCUUAUAGGGAUUCAAAAUUGACGUUCCUUCUCCAGGAUUCACUUGGUGGAAACUCGAAGACGUUGAUUAUCGGAAAUGUUAGCCCUUCAUUGUG